UUUUACAAUUAUUUUUUACAAUUAUUUUUUAUUUUAUUUUAUUUUAUUUUUUUUUUUUUAUUUUAUCUCUUUUCGUAUAUCGACUCUUGAAUUAUAAAAUGAAGGAAUUAGAUCCUCUUACUUUUACAGUUGAACUCGGUCAAUUUUAUGAAAAGUCAAAAACAUCAGGCAAUGUUUACGUUACAAUGAAAAGAAUGACUGAAGAGAAAUUAAUAAAGGUAGCUAAAAUGAAAAAGGAAAUACCUAGAGGAGGUGAUGCAGUAAUUGGAAACUUAGACAUAGAUAAUGUUCAAUACCCAUGUCUCGUUCGUGCAACUUAUAAAAAGAACAAGAUUAGUACUAUUAUUGCACCUGAUGAUUUUAAUAGAUUUCAAAAUGCGUAUAGUACAAUUAUUAGAGCUUAUAUGGAUACAUUGAAAAAGAGAGAUCGUUCCAAGAAGAUAAAGAAAGUCUCAAAAUAAUGAUUACAAUAAUAAAAUAGAUGUUGUAAAAAGAAAGGAGUUAAAGAAGAUACUUUAAUUUGUAA